AUGGAGGGGGAAAGGGAGGAAUUCGAAAAUUUGAGUGAACUAGAAGGAAAAUUGCAAACUCAGUUAGACAUUGUAGAAAAGUUAAUAAGUAUAACAAAGGAUAAUAUAGAAAAGUUAAAUGAAUAUAUAAACAAAAAAUAUAAUGAAAUAAAAACAUUAGCAAGUAAGAAACCAACAAGAAUUAAUUGGGAUAAGGCAGAAAACAGAACGCAUAUGUCUUUAUUUUAUAACAAAGAUAUAGGAUUUGCUCCUUCGAAUGAUGAUGCUUUAAAAUUAUUACAAUUCCAAUCUAUGUUUUCAAAUUAUCGUAAGAAGUAUGAAUAUAAAAAAAAUGAAUGGACAAAGAAAGACAUAGAUCUUUUAUUUAACACAGUAGAGAAUAUAUCAAAAAAAUAUGCUCUUCAUUAUUUAAUAGAUCCAGAAUUAUCAUAUGAAGUGAAAGAGCAGAAACGAAAAGAAAUAGAAGACGAAAGGGAUGCUAAAAAUAUACUCACCAAAAUAAAGUUGUAUUUUGAUGAAAAGGAAAAAUUAGCGACGAUUACGGAUGAUUGCGAUUGUGCGCAUUCGUAUUGUGAGGAAGGGAAAGCGGUAAAUGGGCAAGAGAACGAUUUGGCUGCAAACAGGAUAGCUAAUGGUUUGGCUAAAAACACUAAUGCGAACAGUUUUGCAAUGUUUUCUAAAGAUUUCUGGAAUCUUGUGGCAGAUAGCUUGAAAAACGUGCAAAAUGCAAGAGAGUGUCAGAAGACUUGGUUAUACUAUGGAUGUUUUGAGGAUGACAAACAAAAAAAAUGGUCCAAGGAAGAAUUAAAUAAAUUAUUAUUAUUAAGCAAAAAAUAUAAUGAAAGAGAAUGGAAAACUAUUGCAAGGGAGUUAAAUACAAAUAGAAGUCCAUUAAGUUGCUUCGAGCAAUAUAUUAAAAUAAAUAAAUUAUAUGAUACAAGUGAAAAAAAAGUCAAAUUAGAAAGAAUAGCAUUUAAUGCUUUAGAAGAUAUACAAUUACAGAUCUUGGUGUCUAUUAUUGGUGAUAAAAAUUGGUCUGAUGUUAAAAAGCAUAUGGAAAGUCUUUAUUCAAAUAUUAAAAGAAUUCAAACAAGAAAAAAAAAUAGUACUGGUGAAAAUGAAAAACACAAGAAGUUCCUUAACGACGAAAUCUCGUACAAGAGGAGGUAUCUCCGUCUUGCCAAGUCGAGGAAGGGCAAUGAGUAG